GUCUGGUGCGUCGACGGCCUGGCGGUGGGCGACGAGAUCACCAUCACCGCAGAGGACGGCACGACCGAGAAGAAGGUCGUCGCGACCAUCGACACCAGCGACGUGAACAGCCCAAAGCUCUCGUUCGAGACAGGUCUGGAGAACACGUACCCCGAGGACACGACGGUGACGGCGGCCAAGACGACCCCGAAGGAUUGCCAUGGAUCUGCCGAUGUUGGUGGGGGUUGA